GCUUCCAGAUGCCACAAAAUCCCAGAAUCCUUCGCGCUGCUCGGCGAGAAGGUGACAGGGGACGGCUAACAUGGCCUCUGCCUAUCUCACCCACCAGCAGAAAGUGCUGCGGCUUUACAAGAAGUCCUUGAGACACCUCGAGUCGUGGUGCAUAUUUAGAGACAAGUACCGUUUCUAUGCCUGCUUACUGCGGGCUCGCUUUGAUGAAAACAAGACUGAGAAGGACAUGGUGAAGGCCACCAUGAUGCUAAAGGCAGGAGAGGAGGAAUUCUGGACCAACCAACAUCCUCAGCCCUACAUCUUCCCCGACUCUCCUGGGGGGACCUCAUAUGAGAGAUACGAGUGCUACAAGGUCCCAGAGUGGGUGCUGGACCACUGGCACCCCUCAGAGAAGGCCAUGUAUCCUGAUUAUUUCUCCAAGAGAGAGCAGUGGAAGAAACUGAGGAUGCAGAGCUGGGAGAAAGAGGUUGCCCAACUAGAGGCUGAGACCCCUGCUGUUGGACCGAAGUCCGAAGCUCUCCCUCCUGCCCGCAAAGAGGGCGACCUCCCCCCUCUGUGGUGGCAGUUCGUCACCCGUCCCAGGGAGCGCCCCACAUAAAGGAUCUUUUUCACGUGGGCCUGCUCGUUCCUGCAACCUGAAGAAAAUCUCACAACAACAGCAUGAAGACAGGCUGACCCGUCAUUACCAUCUGUCUGUACAGAGUCGUUUCUAAAGGAGUUCACCGGUGCAGGUUGCAUUAAUUAAGAAAAACAGCCUUUGUGAAUUCAGAGUGACUAAGAAGUCCUGUAGAUGUACCAGUUAAUUCCUGUUCUAAUAAAUAUGUGUAUUAAAACUGA